CAACCCUAGCCAUUCAGACCCGGAAGCGUGAGCACAUUCCUACCCAGGAGCAUACGCCUGGUGCUGGGCCGCAAACGCCGCAAGCGGCUCGCUGAUUUCCAUGCCUGGAUCCAAGAUUCAGACACGGAAAAAAUUUUUGCAAUGGCGUUUGAGGCCCAAGUCUCCAUCUGCCACAUGCCUAACACCUCCUAAAAAGGCUCCUGCGCUGUCACUGGUGAUUUUCCAUCCAUGCCAGGGCUACACUAGAGUUAGUGUACUCUCCAGUUCAUGCCGGUCAACGUGUCAGCCGCUCUACCGCCCUGCCUCCCUGCGCUGUGAAGUUUUUGCCUUAAAGGCGACCAGCCAUGCAUGCUGCAAGGAAGCCCGAAGAAUUCCGCAGUUGUUUUCCUCAUUCCGAACAUAUCCGCAGCUGGUUGGCCACGAUCCGGCUUCCCGACUGGCUUAUCUACUUGGGACCUGUUCGAGGCGGUUGGUCUGUCAGUGUGUACGGAUACUCAGGUACGUAAGGUAUACACCAAAGAUUUUGCAGGCUGCCGGUCGGGCAGGAACGGGCGACAAUCUCUGCCUAGAGUAGGUAUCGAAGACGCUGAUUCAUCCCCGUCCGAUCCCCGGCAACACCCGCUUGCCACUGGCUUUAUGUGUGGUGUGCCUGCCUAGCCUUGUGUGGCAUGAGAAGCCGUCCCUCGGAAGACACCCGACUCCACCUGCCGGCCGUCCCCCGGACUCGGCAGCAGAUCACAACUAAGAGCCCAGAGCCUCGCCGGGCAACCCCGUGUGUUUGUGUGGCCCUGUACU